UGCGUUCCCAAAAUCAUCGAAAAAAAAAUAUUUUAACCUUUCGUCAGUGCGCUUUUUGUGUUUCUUCCGCAAACGCGAGCUUAUCAUCGCUUGAUGAUACGACGUAUGGAUUCAUUUACGAACGUAAACCCGGUAACUGUCGCUGUCACGUUGUGAGCCUGCUGACGUUGAAAGUUCCGAUUGGGGAGACAAUGCGCGUUGGUUAGAAAUUCGUCGAUCCCGCACAGCUGUAUCGAUUAAGUCGCUUUAAUUAAAUAGGAACGCCACGAUUGUUGACGGAUUAUUGACGGCGCGAUAAUGCACACGUUCCUAACACGAGGGAAUGCUAUCUUGGCGUACACGUUAAGUGUAUCGGCCUGCCUCACAUUUUGCUGCUUCCUCUCCACAGUAUUUAUCGAUUACAGAGCAAACGCAGCGUUAAAUACGGUUAAAGUUGUCGUAAAGAAUGUACCAGAUUACAGUGCAUCGAGAGAGAAAAAUGACUUGGGUUACUUGACUUUUGAUCUACAAACUGAUCUUACUCCAUUGUUUAACUGGAAUGUUAAGCAAUUGUUUUUAUACCUCACAGCAGAAUAUCAGACGGAAAAUAAUGAAUUUAAUCAGGUAGUGCUAUGGGAUAAGAUAGUUCUUCGUGGAGAUAAUGCUGUACUUGAUUUCAAGAAUAUGAAUACGAAAUAUUACUUUUGGGAUGAUGGCAAAGGCCUCAGAGGAAAUAAGAAUGUAACGUUAACGUUGUCCUGGAACAUUAUUCCAAACGCUGGAUUGUUACCUAGUGUUAAUGCUCUUGGUUCUCAUACUUUCGCAUUCCCGUCUGAAUAUACAACGUUGCGUGUAUAACGCAUAUUCAAAUGUAUGUGUUAUGAUUGUGUACUAUAAUAUGAUUUUGUAAGGACUUAUUUAAACUGCAUAAAAUUCAUGUACAAUAAACAAUGUUUAUUUCUU